CCCGCCUCAAUCACGACUCCGAUUUUUUCUCUCCGUUCUUUGCGCUUCUUUCCUACACCUUCGUCGACUUUUCUCCUUGGCAAUUUUGCCUUUGCUGUCGUCGCCGCCGCCGCCGUCGCCCUUGGCCUCUUCGUUUUUGCCUUCUUGCUUUACUUUGGCUUUGACAUUCGUCCCGUUGCUUGCUCGUCACAUUUGCACUUUCUCCAGCUGGUCUUCGAUUUCUCCGACGGUGGCUUUUGCCCGGAGCUCCUGUCUGCCCUGGGGCCCUCUUUGAGACAGCUGCUUCUCCCCUAUUCCACGUUCUGCGUAAUCGCCGAAACGGGCGUGCUCGACAAUCGAUCUCACCAUCCACCGCACCCACCCCCCCCAAACAAAGCCCGCUCCUUCCGCCCGCUCACUUACACGUCUCGCUCUUUCUCUCUUUCCUUCUCUCGAAAUCCUUCCACAACCAAACGCCUGCCACUCUCACUCAUACGCUCACACUCGCACGCACACACUCGCCCCCUCUCUCUCACUCACACACUCUCUUUCUCUCCUCUUCUCUUUCUCACUUGCUCAUCCACUCACCCCCCCCCUUUCUCUCUCCCUCCUCACUUAACCUCCUCCCUUCCUCGUCCUCUCUCCACCGCUCACAGAGACUCGUCGCUUCGUCUCUGAUCUUCUUUGAUCCCUUCGUCACCAAUGUCCUCUUGACAUUGCUGCAGCACGUCCGCCCUUUGGCUGGACUUUUGGCUCUCCCCUGCUGGCCCCCUUCUCCGCCGUCCAUCCAAUAUCUUCAUCCUUUCGGCACACGGCACACAACACCCGAACAUUCAACCUCAACACUCGACCGUUUUCUUUGCUCUCUUUGGUCUCUUUGUCAGCAUUCGUCUGCUAGGCAUCGCGCAAGAUUUCGUUUGGUCGACUGUCGUCGGUGCCCAGCAUUUGUAUCAUACCCAUACCUUAAUUCGUAGACGGCUCGGCGAGGAGAAAGCAUAGCGAGCCACGUAUCUGUCAUUCAUCGACACCCUCGACCACCUUCCCUUCCUCCUCACACAAGAACAAGUCCUUUGUCCCUCUCUUCAGUCUUACACCUUUCUACAGUGCCUUGUCCCGAUGGCAGAGGUACUUGUAUCGACACAGACGAUUCCGAUAAUGAACCUGCACCCAGCUGAUGGCUACCAUGGCCAUUCUGCCUCACAAUCUCACCACGCCGCCCGUAGCCCCCAGGCAUCUAGAUCCUUUGGUACUUCCAAUGCUCCUGCGUCGUACCGUGCCCCAGUCGCACCGUACGCAUUCCAGUCGACGCCAAAUCUGAGGACCGAUGGACGCCAAAACACCAACGUCGCCCCAUCAGCCCAUCGGCAGUCUGCAGGAUCUAGCACAUUGGCAAACAGCCGACAGAACUACGCUCCAUCGUCCUCUGCCUCGACGGCGUCUUCAAACUCGGCUUCUAACUCGUCAUCUAAUGUCGGUCAGCAAUCCCUGUUGAAGGAUGACACUUUGCUGUUGGGAAAGACUGGCACGCGGCCAGAGUCCACCUUUCUCACUUCUUCUUCGACGCCCGACCUUACUCUUGUAUCUUUUGACAACACAUCGAAGCCUUCUCCAGAACGCUAUCGGCGGACUGCCAAGCGUGUGGACAGCAGCAGCAGUGUCGUUGGCAAUCAGCAAGCAGGCAACAGCCAAAGAUUCUCACAGCAAUGGCCGACUCCUCAAGCUGCCCACCAAGCCCUGAAUGCUGCGUUCAAAGGACCCACGGGCCACACGCGCAGCGAGAGUGCUGACGACAUCAUUGUUGGUCGACAAUCAGGCUCGGGCAGGUACAGACGGCGCAGUAUUGGUGCCCUAGACACUUCCAAUACUUCGAGGCAGGCUACCCCUCCCGCGACCAGCCCGGCUCCGACCUGGUCUCAAAUAGCUGCGCGUGGUCACUCAGCUGUAGCGUCGGCCAACGCUUCUCCACCAGCUUUACAUCAUCGGAACGACAGUGCUGGUAGCCAUUCCUCAACUGGUUCCACCUCUGCUCGACGACCAGUAAAUGCACGUCAGGAGUCCUACAGCUCAACCAAAAGCACGUCCUCCAGACCAGGCACAGCUCCGACGAUGGUUCCUCGUCCCAGCUCGCCACGAACCGGGGCAGAUGUUUCAAAGCGUGUCAUUUCUCCAUCACCUCUUUCGAAACCAAUCAGUUCCGAACCCGAGAAGCGGUUAGCCCCUCCGCCAGACCUCGAUCGUCCAGCAUCGCCUCAAGUGCGACCCACCACGGCCAAUGCCCAAAGUGCGGCAGUCCAGCAGCUCUCUGCUUUGUCCGAUCGAGACCAGAACAAGGGAAUGAAGUCUAGACUGAGAAGAGCUUUCUCCUUCGGUAGUGCACAAGAACUGAGAAGGGCUUCCGCGCAGAACAGUGCCAAUAAGCUUCGUAAAGAGAAGUCCGAUGAAGAAGAACGCCUAGCGGAAGAUGCAGCGGUUGCUGCUCAACAAGAAGCUGCAGGUAUCGGUGCUAGCAUUUACUCUGGUCAGGGUGGAGUUUACGGAUCUACAGACAACCUGUCCAUUCAGUCCACUGCUUCGUCUGCAUCCGUCAUGCUUCGCAAGAUGGGAAAGGGCGUGAAGAAGUCAACAAAGUCGCUCCGUGGACUUUUCAGGCCCAAGUCAAUUAUUGGUGACCCAGCGGCAGAUAAUGCAGUCAGCUCUCCGUCUGCUGCUGAGGCCGCAGUGACUUUGGUGACAGUUGAAGCCGAGCGGGAGAAGUUGAACGUCAACCCCGAUCCACACGAGCGCUCUGGUGGCGGUACAGCCUAUCCUAAGCUGGAGCGAGCGUCUGUAGAAGUGAAACCCGUGACCAACGUCGAACGACCCUCCAGCUCUCGCCACGUUCCAAGCGAUUCCACCUCGUCGAGGAAAAGCAUAGUUGGCGGUGAUCGGGAAAGGCAGGAAGUACUUGCCGCAGUCAAAAAGGGUAUACUAAAGCGUAAUAACACUUCGUCACCCGUUCAUAAUGAGCCAAACCCAUCUGAGCUCACGGUCCCAAGCAUUCCGAGUACACCUGACGGUUCCAACUCGGGAGAUGCCUUCUUCAUGAACAACACCUUCAGUAACGACAGCUCACGCAGCUUACCAGAGCGCAAUGGCCCCAUUCGCAACAUCUCGUGGAACCCCAAGGUCCAAUUUUUUGAUGUCUUCGCAAGCUCCGAAUACGAUCGCCGUGGCGACAUCGCGACCUGCAACCGUCUCACGCCCAUGCUUGCUCAACAGAUCAAGGAAGAACUAAAUUCUUUCAAAAUGGAAAUGGAAGUUCAUGAGAUGUCCAAACCACACACACAUUUUUUCUGACAAUGUGGUGCGCUCGAUGCCAUAUUUCGAUGAAAAGCGACGACCACCCUCAAUUGCAAGCUAACGACCGCAACACAUAACACAGCCAUUUUCAUCACGAUACACGACCGACCGAGCAAUCUGCAUAGCCUCUAAUUUCUUUGUCUGUUUUUAUUACCUAGUUUCCUACGAAAGCAUAGCUUAAGCGCUUGUCCCUCUCAUCAUGUCUUAAUACUGUGAACUGGAUAGGUUUUGCACGGCGCACAAUGGGGAACAGGUGAAGUUUUUCAACGGGGUACAAAUUUCAUCAACUCAUCAUGGGCGUUCUUGUAAUUGUUUUUGAUCUAUUCGUCUUCUCUGUGGAGUUCAGUCGAGCGGGUGUUUUUAGUAUUGCUGGCUUGCCUGCUAGGAAAAGGGAAGAGAGUAACAGAACUUGAAUAAUCUUUUCACGCGUCGAACUUUUCGAAAAGAGAAGAUAAAAGUGUCCAGAAAUGGAGGAGCACCACGAUCGGCAGUAGAUUGUCAAAUUCGCAUGCAUCUCUUCGAUUGAUAUCGGAGGCGAUCAAUAUAUAGCAGCUAUUGUAGUUGCUCCAAGAGCAACAAUUUCAGCACGCAAAGAAAAUUAAAGGCGGUAGGGUAUCUCUCUUUACA